GUACUGGGAGACCUGAGGUGUGGGUCUCCCGCAGCUGCGUUGGGGUGGAGGAGGAGGCGGCGGCCGAGAUCGACCUCUACCACUGCCCCAAGUGUGAGGUGCUGCACGGCCCCUCCGUCAUGAAGCGUCGCCGGGGUCCGCCAAAGCCUCCGGAGGUGGAGCCAGGUCGCCCUGUCCGCACUGGCAGUGCCCAGUUCAUCCGGGAACUACGGGGUCGGACUUUCCCCAGUGCCGACGAGGUGCUGCUCCGACCGAGCGGAGCCCAGCUGACGGUGGAAUACUUGGAAGAAAAAACCUUCAGCGUUCCCAUCUUGGUAGCCCGGAAAGAAGGAUUGGGAAUGACGUUACCCCCCCCCACCUUCACCCCGCGGGAUGUAGAACAUUAUGUGGGGGCGGAGAAGAUCAUCGACGUCAUCGAUGUGGGGAGACAAGCCGACUGCAGGAUGCGCCUGGGGGAUUUCGUCGCCUAUUUGGGGGGAGCCCGACGCGACCGCGUCCUCAAUGUCAUCAGCCUGGAGUUCUCUGACACGCG